AUGCCCAGACGAAACACUAUCAGGGCCGACGACCUCGAUUUCGAGAUUCACGUUGAUCCAUCGUGCUUGAGCGAUCCUAUGGACGAUAACGAAAAUAAGGCCCCCGAGGAGCCAAAGGUGGAAGUCGAAACCGCCAGCAACCAAGAGACCGAACCUGCCAAGGACAUUAAAACCGAUAUUGAUACAGCAAACCACGACGACUCGACGGCUGAAGCCAAAGUCGAAUCUACGACUGAAGCUACCGAAGAGGAUAAAUCUACUUUAACACCGGAAGAGACCAAAGAAGAGGCGAAGCCUAGCGAAGAACCAACUGCACCAGAGGCCGAUUCAACGGUCGACGAGGCUUCAGAGUCUGAGGAAGAAUCAUCCGACUCAGAACCCGAAGUUGAAGCUCAAGUCGACACGGAAAAAGAGAUCGAAGAACCAAUUGAGAAACUACAAGCAGAAGCAGACGAACUUGCAUCUGAGGCUGAAGUCGAUACCCCGGCCCCAGAGCCUUCAUUGGACGAUACCGAAGAUAAGGACGACGAGACUCCUACCCCUGUCGAAGACGUCACUACCGCUGAGGACACACCUACCGAAGCUCCAAUUGAGGACACCCCUUCGGCAGAUACCUCCACUGAGGACAUUCCAGUCGCAGAUACUACCGCUGAGGACCUCAACGACAAGCCUGUUGAAGAGGGCAAGGCCAAGUCUGCCGAAGCCGAACUCGAGGAAUCUAUUGUAGAUAACGAAGAGCGACACUUUUCCGAAACGGAAUCAGACAUCUCUGGAUCUCGACGUGUGUCUUCUGGUUCAUCUGGAUCUAGUUACUCCGAAGGUCGACACUCUACUCGCUCCGAAGCUAUUCAGGAAGUUGCCCGCGAUAUCGCCUCUCAGAUUGACGACCACGAGAAGCGAGAAUCUCUGAACACUUACUCUGAGGGAGAAGACAACAGUUAUAUAUCCCAUAGAACUGUCAGUGCUCGUCAAUCAGGCGCCCAUAUGGCUCGUUCCGUCAAAAGCGGUGUAGAUGAGGCUGGGGAGAACAGCUCUCAUCAUGAGCACGAAGACGAUGUUUUUAGUGACCGAAGUCCUCGAAGCUCGGUGGGUUCUGUAUCCGAGGGGGAUCACCGCAAGGCCCACGACGCUAUGAACCGAAUGACCAGGUCCCCCCGUGUCUCGGGUAUCUCUGGCAUCUCUGGUUUCUCUGAGUAUGACAGGGAAGAUGAGGAUUUUAUCCCCACUAUUCGUGGUAACCCUCGACCCAUCUUCCGUUCACCUGCCUCAGUCAAGGCUAUGCAAAUGUCUUCGCCUCCAGGCUCGACAGUUGGUGGUUCACCUCGCUCCAGCCGACGAGCACCUCUCGCAAGCUCAUCUAGAAUGAGUUCUCCUCGCUUCUCAGAGCAGUAUUCGCCCAAGAGGACACCGCCCCGCUUCAAGAGGUCUACACCGCCUCUUGUACUUCUUCAUGUUACAUUACUUCCUCUUCGAUGGCCUUGGGGUGAAGUCCUCGAGAAUGCUGACCCCGAGGAGCUGAGCAAGGAGUGCAAGACUAUCAAGGAUGCCUGGCGAACACUCCAGGACCGGAUGGGAGAUACCACUGUCGAGCGCGGUAUCCUCCUGCCACAUCCUCAGAACGACUAUGAGGUUCUUGAGGAGCGGUUACUGGAGGCGCUUGAACUCCCCAUGAGGCGCCGUGCUCGUAUUCUCGAGUGCGGUCAUUACCUUGGUCCCUCCAAUAUGAUGACCAUCGAAGAUUCUGACUCGGAGAGUGAUGAAGAUGAAGAUGAGGAGGAAGACGAGGAAGAAGCUGAGAAGCGCAGGGCAGCCCGUCGCCAAUCACAACCCACACACUGGUGUAAGACUUGUAAAUCUGACAUCCACUACGAGUCUCUCGGCCAGGGCAAGAUUUUCCGUGUCAAGGUUUACGCCAGCAACGGUUUAAUUCGUGGUGGCGCUUGGGAGGCUUGCUGGAAGGAGAUGGAGCGAGUUGAUGUCGAGCUUGAACCUCUUGUCGAUGCAGUAUCUCAGCACGAGCUUGUGCAAUUGGAAGCUGAUCAGGAGAGGGAGUUGGCUAUGAGAGAGGCUGAAGAGGAGGAAAGAUAUGUCAGGUUGGAGGAGGAGCGCAGGGAAUUUGAGUCGAGGGAGCGAGGACGUGUGUCGACAAGACGAGGAGAGUCUCACGGCCCUAUUGAGGAUCUCAGUAUGAACGAAGGUGUGUCACAUCUGGACCACGACGCUUCUAAGCAUGCAGAGUCUGUCCAUGAUAAGUCGACCUACGAUCGAUCACAUCACGAUGAGAGCCACGCAGCCGACGUUACCAAGGACUCUAUCAAGGAGUCUGCUGCCAAAGAUCCCGUCGAUGCUGAACAAAGCCGAUCUUUUGAUGAGCUUGAAAAGGACAUCGAUGAGCACCUUCAAGAGGAGCGCGAGAGGAGUCUGGCCGAAGAAGCAUCAACUGGUAGACGCUCACCUGAGACCUCUCACCUCGAUGACCCUUCUGCUGCUCCCGAGGAUAAGGACUACGAAGCUGAGUAUCAAAGACAAGAUGAGGAGCGCAUGAGAGACAUCUAUGGCGAUGCACCUGCUUCCGAAAAGCACCAUGCACAUGCUCAACGAUCCUUUGAGUCACAACCUCAGCACGCCUCCGCCGAGGAUCACCAAAAGUCAAUGAAGAACGCAUCCCUACCGGAGCUCUUGGCUGAGUCGGCUCGUGUCGUGAUGCAAGAUAAGAAAAACAUCUUGAUUGGCUUGCUGAGCAUUCUCAUUGUCCUCCUUGCCAUUCGUGGUGGUCCUGGAUCCCAACAAGACUCUGACACAUUUCAAAUUAUCAGGAAUGCAGAGGUUCCUACUGUCACUGUUACACAGGCAAUGGAUUUGGAAACUGUCGCGGCAGUUGAUGUUGCUGCCUCUGUAGCUGCUGUUGUUGAGGUCGAGAGCAGUGUUGAGGUCGAUGAGCCUGAGGAGAGCAUCGUUGUUGAGGACACCCCUGCUACUGAGGAGGAGGUUAGCGCUGAGGAGGAGCAGGCCAAGCCCGCUCUCGAAAGUUCUUCAACUGGUGCCGAUGGCGCCCCUAUUCCUUCGCUCGAGGCACCUUCCUGCUCAGAGCGCAUUGUCCGUGUCGUGGAGACAGUUACUGCUGUCGAGACUGCCACUGUUUACGCAUCUGAGAAGCCCUCCGAAGAGACUCAGGCCGCAGAGGCUGUCGAGGAGCAUGUUGAUGAGGAGCAAGCCCAGGAGAGUGUGGCACCUGAGGCUGAGGAUGUUUCUGUGGACUCUGAGGCUUCUGCCGAGCAGGAGGCGUCUGUUGAAGAGUCGCCUUCUUCUGAGGAGACCACUAUUGUUUCCGAAGAGACAGAGUCUGCCGAGGAAGCGAAGGAAGAGCAAGAUCCUGCCCAGGAGACUGUUGCGCCUGCUGAUGAGUCUUUCAGUGACCUGGAAGACGAGUCCCCUUCCGAGUCUGCCGCCCCUGAUGUUCCCACCUCUGAUGAGGAGGCCCCUGAGCACGCCGCGGACAUCUCGGAGGAUGAUGAGGAUGAGGAGCUUUAG